AUGGAUUGUGCGCUGCAGACAACACCUUCAAUUUGUUCAUUACCUAAAUUUUCACAAUUCAAUUGUUAUUCACAUAGAAAUCCCAGAUUUAUAUCCGAAAAGCUAUACAGAAUUCACACAAACGAUGCCGUUUCUCGCUUAUCCUCUUCCUCUUCCUCACGGUCUAUGGCACGUGCUGUUGGUGAUGUACAUAGGAGAAGCAGUCUCGAAUCUCUUUUUUGUUAUGACAAGCCUAUUCCAGAGGAAAUAAUUGAGAAGCCUAUUGGUUUGUCCCUCACUGAAAUAAAUGUUGGUGAUAAUCCUCGCUGCCCAAGUUGUCAAGCAAAAGGAGCUGUUCUUUGCAUCACUUGCUCUGGUUCAGGCUUAUACAUAGACUCUAUCUUGGAGAGUCAAGGAAUCAUUGUGAAAGUUCGUUGUCUAGGUUGUGGUGGAACUGGAAAUACUAUGUGUUCUGAAUGUGGAGGCCGUGGUCACAUUGGAUUAGCCUGA